AUGGCGGCAAUUCCUGAAGAAUCGGAAGACGAAGUUGAAGAUUUAUUAGACCUUUUACAGACGCAUCUGGGCGUAUCUGAUUACGAAGGAAAACUACAGACUCCAAUUACAUCACCAAUUAAAGGAAAACAUGAACUUACACCAGGGAGUAGAGAAUCAAUUCUUCCAACUCCGAAACGACACGCAACAGGUUAAUAUAAAAUAUGACAUAAAUAUUUAUGAAGUUUUAUGUUCGUUUAAUCGUUUUGACCCUCCUCACAUAAAAUUAAAGUACUAGGUUACACACAGGGUAGUAAUGCUGCCUUUGACAGCAAAAGACAAAGUGGUGUUGCACAAAUUAAAUCCAAAGCACAGGGUGUUGGAUUAAACGAGUCCUUCAGAAAUAUCCUGUUGUUGUUAUUCUUGUUAACCCAUUUAUUGGCAGUACCCUACCACUGAAAAGUAAAAUAGUCUGGCGUUGGACAGGGUAAAUACUAAAGUAGGGGCACUACUGCAGUUUUAUAUGGGUAGGUAGGUCGGAAAAACAUUUUAUUCUAAAAAAUAUUUUAUCUCAAGUAUGUAAAUAUAAGUUAAAACUCAUUAUAAACUCUUAGUUUUUAUUGUUUUUACAUCAGGCAGGCUGUGUUUUCACCUGCAUACAAUAUUACAUAUAAAACUUGACAUGCAAGGAAAGGAGCAACAACUAAAUAUUUAGUGCCAACGAUGUUCAGUCUAAACGUUUAAAUAAAAUGUUUAUGGUUGGUCAUGUCACUAUAUAUAUAAACAGGUCGGUCGGAAACCUGAAACCAACUAUUAUUUUUAUUUGGCCUAGUUAACCCAUCAGCACAUGCAGUAAUGCGCCCUACUUUAGUAUUUACCCUGUCCAAUGCCAGACUAUUUUACUUGUCAGUGCCUCAGUGGUAGGAUAACUUAAUUCAUUUACUGGCAGUACUUACCCUAUACCACUGACGAGUAAAAUCUGAUCGAGUAAAUCCAUAUUCAUAUUGCCACAAAUAACGUCAAAUCGACCUUAUUACUUCAACCCACCCAUCCCAGAUAAUGUCGAUUGAUAUUCAGUCGUAUUUUGACUUUUGUAUUUACAAUUACAAAAGUUGUACAUGCAGUGAUAUAGUUACUUUGGACAUUAAUUGUCAAAUAAUUUGCCACUUAGAUAAACGUUGACAAGUUCACUAAAUCUUAUGAAAACCCACCCACCAGUGGACCCACUCAUAACAUCGAUUUGACAUUAUUUGUGGCAACAUGAAUAUAGACGUGGCCCCUAAUACAUGGCUGUCGUGGACUUCUGCUUUUGGGGAUUUUUACCCCUCUGAAAUUUUAACCCCUCUGGAAACGGCAGUUUUCUCCCAUUUUCCCCCAUUUACCUGUCUGGAAAAAACGACUAAUUACCCGACGGGGGUUUGGGUAUUAAAUGUCAUAGCUCUUCCCAUUCUCUAUGGCAGUCUGAACAUUUUUGUUUUUUCUAUUUCUGUAAACAGACGAAAAACAACACAUCUACAGUAUUUCCGAUAUUUCCCCCCUUUUUUAUUACAGGACUCUCUCAUUUAAAAAUUGCCAUUUCAACCAAGGCCAAUUGCUUACACGAUGAGCUUGAGAAAUUACGUGAUAAUCCAUAUGAGCUCGAAAAAAUUGAAGAAUUAAUCAAGCAAAGCAAAGAGUUGAAAGACCUUCACCACGCUGUUUUGACAACCUAUGACACAGUUAUAAAUGAAAUGGAAAAGUCUAAUAAUUCAUCAGAAGUAUUUAACAUCCAACAGGCUCAUAAACUAAAACAAGAGGUUGCCUACUUAAGUAAACUAACCAAUACAGGGAUAAGAACUCAAGGUAAUAGCACUAUUCACGCUGACAUAUUUGACAAAAUGGUAAAAACAAUAAAGGAUGAAUGUCCACUGCUUCACAGUGUACUGGAGAACCUGGUUCUUGUGUCAACAACAGAAAGGAAUACACUCAAAACCAAUAACCAAAAGAUGAAAAUGGCAGUCAAUCUCGUAAUGACAGGUUUGCUGAAUAUCAGAAACAGUCGGCUACCAAAUGACUUUGCCUUUCUGUUUGGUGUGCUUCUGGUAUCUUAUGGAGCUGGUCCUGCAUAUUUAAAUAUGCUGCAGUCAAUGGGGAUAACUGUUCAUUGGAAGACAAUGUAAAUAUAUUAUUUUUGUUAUUUACUAUAUUAUAAACUCACCUUGUACCUGUAGUCCCUUGCAGUUUGCUUUUUUUUGUGGAUUUAUGUACUUUAUUGUGUGGUUUAAUUGCUUUAACCCAUUGAGUGGCAGCACUAUCCCCCUGAAGAGUAAUAACAUCUGGUGUUAGACAGAGUAAAAUAAUCUGGCAUUAGACAGAGUAAAAUAAUAAAGUAGGGUGCAUCGAUCUGGUUAAUAAAGUUAAGUAGGAUGCAUCUGGAUUCUGGGGAAAAUGCGACUCAAUGGGUUAAGUCUACAAACCAUAGUGUGCAUUGAAUGCAAUUGUAUUUGAAGGCUCUUAAUUAUGGUGUACUAUUUUAUUUUUAUUUAACAUAUUAAUAAGGUGCAUUAGGUUCAGCUUUUUCCUUGAUGAUUAAUUAAUAUUGUUUGCUGUUAUACAGUAGACUUGUCAAGGGGAGAUUUAAACAAAUUUAAUAUUUACUAGCUUUUCCAAAGUACCACAAGCCAUGCACCUACUGUAACUACUGAAAACUACAGUAGGACUACAAUAUGGCAUAUGAAUUUUAUGCAAAUAGGUUUUUUGUUUUUUUUUGCUCUUCUGCAUAAAAACCCCCAUAAAAACCCUAUGUAAUAGCUUAGUUCUAUAAAUGAGGCUUUGUGUGCCAGUUAAAGAGACGUACCAUGCAUAUUAUAUGGAUGCAUGGUAGUGUAAGGGGGGUUUUACUACAUCCCGGGCAUUUGACCAGCGCCCGCAAUCACAUGCAAUUAGCAUUAUCAGUGGUUGAGUCAACCUCGUACCCAGGGUCUUUCCUCUUGGGGAGCAAAGAACCUUGUAGACACUGGUCACAUGAUCCGCUAAAAUCUAGCAGAUUUCUAAUUAACUAUCUUGGUUUUCUUUACGACAAUCAUACAAAUGCAAAUUAUAAAUUAAACUAUCAAAAUAAUCCAAAUCACGUGACCAGCGUCUACCAGGGUCUUUGCUCCCCAAGAGUUGUUGUACAACUGUAGCUUGUACAAUAAUGUAUGGUGAAUUUAAUAUUUUUCAGAAUGCAUCAUUUUGACAAACAAAUGGAAAUGAAACAACUGGCUAUUGACAACUUUGUGCUGAAGCAAAUGCCUGUUAUAGUAGCCCUUGACAAUAUCAAUAUCUCUAAGCCACAGAGAAGUCAUGACCGAGCAUUUAGGGACUCAACUUCUACUGUAAGACCAGACUACAACUUAACUGGCAAAUGCAUGAUACGCCCAAAUCUCAAUGGAAUUGAAGAUCUCUUUCAUGACAAGGACACUGCAGAAGAAUCACAAAGACAAGUGAAAACCAUGGAGGCAUCAUACUAUUUGAUAGGUACAGCAUCAUUUAAUCAGUUUAGAAAUCAUGUAUGGGACCCAUUUCUUAGAGACAUGGUAAAUAUCUCCUAUCUUUUUUAAUUGGCUGUAUAUUGAAUGCAAAAUCCUUGUGUUUUGCUUAAACUGUACUGUGGAAUACUUUACAAUUUGGAAACAAUUUUUGGGACAUUGUGUCAUUGAAUCGGAGAAAUCCUUCUCUGGUCCAGAGGUUAUUUCAGCUUGCCUCCAAUUAUUAAGGCAUGUACACCUACAAACAUACAUAUGCAUGAGAUUCUGAUUGUGUACAUUUCUAUGACUACAAGUUACAAGUAUUAACUCGUCCCCAAUGGAGCUUUUCAGAGAUAAUUAACAAAUAAAAUGAAUUCUAAGUUCUUUAAAGCUAGAAAAAUUUAACUGACCUAUUUUCCAUCAAUGACAGCUAAUAGACCUUUCCCCUUAUGAGUGAAAUUUUGAUCUAGACAAGCCUGGACAAAAAUUUCAUCACAGCUUGAAAGAGCAUCACAAAAUUAGUAAUAUUCCGAAGUUUCGUUGCGAAAUGUUGUAAAAUGCGGAUAAUAUAGCCUUGCGAAGUUUGCCGUUUUUCAGUCAUUUUGUAUUACAAAUGAAAAAUUGGUUAGUACAUCAUCUGAUUACCAAUUUCCCGUGACUGAAGAACGGCAGUCGGCAAACUUCGCAAGGCUAUAUUAUCCGCAUUUUACAACAUUUCGCAACGAGACUUCGGAAUAUUACUAAUUUUGUGAUGCUCUUUCAAGCUGUGAUGAAAUUUUUGUCCAGGCUUGUCUCUGUAGAUCAAAAUUUCAUUCAUAAGGGGAAAGGUCUAUUAGUGAGAAACUCAUGCAAUAGUUGUUUCUUAAGACUACGUUUAAAUCCUGAAAUAGAAGUACAAAGUUUUAGACUUUUACCACUCCCUAAAAAGGGCUUUUCAGUGAUACAAUUUAGAAAAUAGAUUACAAUAUGAUUUACAAGAAAGUUAUAUACUCAUCUAGAAUUACUCAUAUGCACUGAGUAGUUGUUUGUAUAGUGUAUGUUUAAAAGAUUGAAGUGAUUUCCCUGAUUUGAACUCUGGGAACAACGAGUUCCAUAAUUCCAGAGGCUAACAGCCUGAUAAUUAAAUGUUCGUUGCCCAGACUUACUUUUAAAAUAUAAAGGAAUGUUAAUAUUCCGAGAAUUUCUAGUAUUAAUCUAAUAUUUAAAUUGAGUAAAAUUUCCUCUUUUAGAAAAUAAUGCAGAACACAAAGUUCUCUGGGAUGCAUAUAAAGAUUAUUAUUUCUUAAAAGCAAUCGAUACUGUUUUGAAUGCUCUACAGCCAUUGUCCAGCUACAAAAUGCUAACAUGUGAAGUAAUAGACAGAUUCCUCAACCAGUUUGACAUUGAAAAAUGUCUGAACAAUGGUAAAUACAAGAUAAAUAUACCAAAAUUGACCACUGUCUUGCCAGAAACCACUUCAAGGAAAACAGAAACCUUUAUUCUUCCUCUGUCUGUUGAAGACAACUCAACUUUAGCUGGCCAAGCAGUUUGCCUAGAAGAAAUUGCUGCUGAAUUAAGUAUACCCUUAAAAGAACCGGUAACAGGAAUUUCAUUUGAUGAAAAAAAAAAAUCGUUCCAUCUCAGUCAGGCAAGAGAGAGAUAUGAAUUUGAGCUUGUGCUGAAGAAACACAAAGAUAAUCGUGAAAGGGAUUCGUUUUUAAGUGGCGAAGUAGAUAACCAAGACAUGGAUAUAAACGUUUUUUGGAAAGAAACUGACAUGCAUUUUAAAAAAGCCUAUGAAGAAAUUGAGAGAGAUUUUCAAGAGAGGUUUAUGCAGUGUGAGGAUUAUGUAGCAAGCAGCCAAGCAUUUCUUUUUGAAAUGCAAGAGCAUGUAGAGAAUUGGUACUCAGUCAGAGACCAUCUACAGAGAAAUAUUCUUCAUGUUGCAAUUGAAAAAAAUUACACUUCAUUUGCUAAAGCACUCUUGAAAGCUGGAGCAAAUCCAAAUGCAACAGAAGGCUGUGGUGCUACUCCAUUAACUCUAGCAGUUCUGUCUAUGAACAAGCACAUGGUUGAAACUCUUUUGCAGUAUCAUGCCUCAUUUCAAGCAUUUCUUUACCCUAAUAUCCCCAAUCCACAGGAAAUGGCCGAGAUGAUGGGUCUUGAAGAAAUGGCUUCAUUAUUCGAUGAAGACGUAGAAGAUUUUGAAAAUAAAGAAAUAAGCAGCAUCUUUUGGGAAGAAGGAGAAAGUCACCUAGACGACCAAAACUGUAAUUCCCGAAUAUUGCCAAGCAACGUUUACUCAUUUGAUAGAUCACAACAAGGGUGUCUAACCUUAGCAGUAGGCGAUCAAGGAACUAACAAAACUAUUAGAGGAGUACAAGUUAGAUCAAACGUUCACAACUGGGUGUGUGGAGUUCCCGGUGACCUUCAUGCUGUUGGUUAUUUGUGUGAGGUAAUUUGCAAAGCCCAAGCUGCAGGAGGAUUUCUGCAUAUAUCCCAUGAUAUUUUGAAGAAGAAAAAAGUCACACCUGAGGCAUUCAGUAAGAAAAAGUUUCAAGACGGAAACCUCCAAAGAAUACGUGAAGAGUGUAGAGACAUAUCUGAAUCCUACCUUUAUGCUGCUAUCUAUGAGUUCAUGCAGACAGAACUAUUUCCUAGUCAAGACGACCUCAGUGAAUGUAAGAAAAGAACUGGAUCGCAUGAAACAAUUGUUCUCCAGAAUUUUAAACUCGAAAAUUCAGGCUUGAAAAUUCAUCAGCUAAAGACAAACAUUUUCGUUACCGAUGCGAGAUGUUAG